UUUACGGACAUUGCUGUACUCAGUUGAAGUCUUGACAAAUAACUAACUCACUAUACGGUUAGAAAUUACGCACCAAAAUGGAGUUUGCUAUGGUCGGAGCAGACAGCAGCGGGUGCAACCCCCACUUGCCGUAUGGAUAUGCCCAAGCUCGUGCCAGGGAGAGAGAGCGCGAGAGAGAAAGACAGUCUCGUGCGGCGGCGGCGGCGGCAGCUGCGGCGUCUGAGGCCGGGCCAGCCGGAGACGGAGGUGCCGGUGGCGGUGGUGGUGGUGGAGGUGGCUCGUGUACCCACAUCUUCGGUCAGCCAUAUCAAACUCGCACCGCCUCCUCUACUAAUGCCAACCAGGGGAGCGGAGCGACUGCCUCGCGCCCCACCUCCUCCUCCUCCACCACUCAGCAGGCGCAACAGCAGUACGAGCCACAACAGCAACUUCUAAGAGAGCGCAAAAAGCAGAGAGGAGUCGCGCGCUGGAGACGGCACCGCGCGGCUCUCGGAGGGGACCUGCGCCACUCUGAGUUGGCGCUUCUCGGAUCCGAAGAGGACGUUAUGAUAGAAGAGGACGAGGAGGCCGAGGGCGACGAAGACGACGAAGACGACGGGGGAAGCAAGAGAUCGAGUUUUAUCUAUAACAUGGAUGACGAAGAGACUGCGUCUCUCACGGACAGACGUCCCCAAUCCGGAUACGAGAACGUUUACAGCGAGUACGGCUGCUGUGAGAGAGUGGUGAUCAACGUGUCCGGGCUGAAGUUUGAAACCCAGCUCAAGACUCUCGCCCAGUUUCCCGACACGCUCUUAGGGGACCCAGCCAAGCGGAUCAGGUACUUCGAUCCACUGCGCAACGAGUACUUUUUUGACAGGAAUCGGCCGAGUUUUGACGCCAUUCUGUACUUCUAUCAGUCAGGGGGACGGUUAAAGAGACCUGUCAAUGUACCUUUCGACAUCUUUUCCGAAGAGGUCAAGUUCUAUGAACUUGGCGAAGAGGCCAUGAUGAAGUUCCGCGAGGACGAGGGCUUUGUCAAAGAAGAAGAAAAACCGCUGCCAGAGGAUGAAUUCAAGCGGCAGAUCUGGCUCCUGUUUGAGUAUCCUGAAAGCUCGAGUCCUGCCAGAGGCAUCGCCGUGGUGUCUGUUUUGGUUAUCGUCAUAUCUAUAGUUAUUUUCUGUUUGGAAACGUUACCAGAAUUCAGGGACGACAAAGAUUUCCUUAGCCCAGGUAAAAACGUGACGCGCACAGAUAACGGAUUUACGCCCUUCAAUGACCCGUUUUUCAUCGUGGAGACCGUGUGCAUCAUUUGGUUCUCCUUUGAGAUCAUUGUGCGCUUUUUUGCCAGUCCGAGCAAAGCCUCUUUCUUCAAGAACAUCAUGAACUCUAUAGACAUUGUCUCCAUUUUGCCUUAUUUCAUAACUCUGGGCACGGACCUCGCGCAACAGCAAGGCAACGGGCAGCAGGCCAUGAGCUUUGCCAUCCUGCGAAUAAUCCGACUGGUCAGGGUUUUCCGGAUCUUCAAGCUCUCCCGACACUCCAAAGGACUCCAAAUUCUCGGGCACACGUUGCGCGCGAGCAUGCGUGAGCUGGCACUGCUCAUCUUCUUUCUUGUUAUUGGAGUGGUGCUGUUUUCCAGCGCCGUGUACUUUGCUGAAGCGGACGAGCCCAAAUCACAGUUCACGAGUAUCCCGGACGCGUUCUGGUGGGCCGUUGUUACCAUGACGACCGUAGGCUAUGGAGAUAUGAAGCCCAUAACAGUCGGAGGCAAGAUAGUGGGCUCGCUGUGCGCCAUCGCCGGCGUCCUCACCAUUGCGCUCCCGGUGCCAGUCAUCGUCUCCAACUUUAAUUACUUCUACCACCGGGAGACUGACAAUGAAGACCAGGCUCCUGCGGUUGAGUACCCGCCUCCGGGAUGCCCAUACUUCCCGGAUUUCCUGAAAAAGUUCAAAGGAUCUCCAUCCGGGUCCUCACUAGGCGACAAAGCCGCCGAGUACAUGGAGAUGGAAGAAGGCGUCACGGAGUCUCUUUGCGGCAUCGAUAAGCAGAGUCCGAGUAGAGGGAAUGGCACGGACAUCGGCAGGAGAAACAGUACACAUUCAAGAAGCAUACAGACAGAUGUAUGAUUAUAAAUAUCACACUGAUGACUUUCUGUGGAGGGUUUCGUGAAGAUGAUUGCACAAUUCACUUAUCAGCACACACAUGCACGCCCAAGUGCGCAAGACGCACGCUUGGACGCACACCUCCACACAAACGCGCGUUUUAAUAGACAUGCACAAACAACAACAACAACAAAAAACAAAAGCAAGCACGCACCCACGCACGCACCCACACACGUUUCAUUUCUUAUGGACCUAGGCUGAAACAUUCUUUGCAAUGUGGCUCCUUUUUUAGAGAUACACACCCUGUAAUCAAAUAACAGGCGACGCAAAAAUCACCAGCUUUACGUAACACGGGGAGGUUGUGAGUUCUGGCCCAUCUACACUGUAGGCAGAAUUUCCCGGUUUAAAAGAACGGAACAAACAAACAAACAAACAAACAAACAAGUAUUUUGCAU